CUCCGGGGGAAGUUUGUUCGCCACGCUGGGGUGGACGGGAAGAACUACCUGAUCUUCGAGAUCGAGGAGAACGCGACGAGGGACUCGGAGUUGUUCCUGGACGAGCACUUGCCGCGGUGGGAGAUGUGGGCGAUGGAGCUACAUCAAGGCUGGACCUGCACGACGAGAUGGGACAAGGUAAUAUGCAUGGUCUUCCUGGAGACCAUCGAGAAGCAGAACUGGAAACUGGGCGGAGCGGGCCCCCCCGCGCCGCUUUUCCCGACGAAGUUCCCGACCUGCAAGCCAGACGAGAAGCCCAGCGUCAAGAAGGAAACUAUUCAGCUCCCAAGAAGCAUCGAGAUCGCAAGGUCCGAUUUCUUCACGAAGUACCAGGACGUAAGUGCCGUUGCGGGCAUCGACGCGGAGGAGAUCUCAAGGCUAUUCAGCAUGAUGACGAUCGCGAACCACCUCAAGCCGCUCUGCAAGCUCUACGAGCUGACACAGAAUGGCAAGAAGGAGGAGAUCUGCGACUGGCUGGUAGCCUACAUCCUUCAGCAGCUGGGCGACGCCAAGCCGACGGAGACCAAGCCCUACAUCCUGGGCGGCACGGUCAUGAACCACUUCGCACAGGGCUGCAUGGCUCCAGAGUGUCGUGCCCAGCGCGGGAUCGCCAAGAACGAGCCGAUCAUGAAGGUCAGCCCCUACGGCUGGUGCCACAAGAUGUGCGCGGAGGUGAUCACGCAGAAAGAGUGGGCGAAGUUCAUGGGGAGCGGGUCC